UCCAAAAUCAGAAGGAAAGUAGGAAGCUGCGAGGUGAUGAAGCAGCUGGAGUUGACUGUGCUCCUAUGUAUAGCAUGGGCGCUAGUACUGCUUUACGGCGAGAUGUUUGCCUACUGGGUUCCCUCCCUUUUCACUUGUUCAUGGCCUCAUCUCCGCUCUUCCUCUUCCAAUUCUACGGUUGAUUAUCUAAAAGUGGCUGUGAUUGCAGAUCCACAGCUGAUGGAUAAAACCUCGCUUCACCUUCCUCCAGAAUCACUAGCACUGCAGAUUGCUGAAUUUUACACUGAUCUGUACAUGCAGAGAGCAUUCUUUGCAUCUGUCGUCCCUUUAACGCCUGAUGUCGUACUGUUUUUAGGUGAUUACUUUGAUGGAGGUCCUCACUUAACAGAUGAAGAAUGGAAGAAAUCUUUCAGUCGUUUUAGACAUACUUUUGGUCUGAACGAACAAGGAAAAUAUACAGAAAUGCAAGUUUACUACAUUCCCGGAAACCAUGAUAUUGGCUAUGAAUAUAACCAUGCUCAAAGGCCAGAGGUUAUCCGACGCUACGAAGAAACAUUUGGAGCCAGGAACUAUCGAUUUGCAAUUGGAAAAGUUGACUUUAUUGCUGUUGAUUCCCAAACAGUGGAUGGACAUCCAGAAAAGCAUCUGGUUUCCAAAACUUGGGAGUUUGUGAAGAACGUCUCUGUUGAUGAUGAAGCGCAUCAAAGAGUUCUAUUGACACACAUUCCUUUAUAUCGGCCGGAUGAUACUUACUGUGGUCCUCAUCGCAAUUCACCCAUCAUUAAUCAGAGGGUAUCCCGCACUUCUUCAGUUAAUGACAUAUGGUAUCAGAACUAUGUUUCUGAGGAUUCAUCAAAAAGCUUAAUGGACAUGAUCAAACCUAAGCUUAUUUUGUCUGGCCAUGACCAUGAUCAGUGCACCGUUACUCACCAGCCAAAAUUUGGGCCGAUAAAGGAGCACACUCUAGGCACCAUAAGUUGGCAACAAGGAAACUUGUAUCCUUCUUUCAUGCUGCUAUCAGUUAGUAACUCGACUCUUCCAAAUUCUUCCACUCCAGAAGAUGCUCUGUUGGCUCACCUAUGCUUCCUUCCAAUGCAAACACAUAUAUACAUAGGGUAUGCGGUGCUAUUUAUUCUUACCCUUCUUGCCGCCCUUCUUUGGCCAACAAGUAGCACAAGUUUUUGGCAUCAAUGUUGGAGCCUAGUGGGCUACAGUAAACAACUAAUAUCUAGUGCCCUAUUUAGCGGGGAUACAAAAGAGAAAGAUGAGGAUGCAAACUAUGAAUACGAGAUGAUGUGGGAUGCAGAAGGAUCAAUGCAUCUUGUGAAGAAGCCCUUGAAUGCAUCUGUUGUAAAUUCAACUGAACGGAGUUUAGGGGAAAGGGGCAAUGCUGUGAUGCGGCCAACUGCAAGAAAACAUGCUUCUCAGGAAGGAGAUGUCUCUGUGAAUAUGGAUAUGGCUUCAGGCAAUGGAUUUGAUCCUAUGGCCAGAAUACCUUCGAGAACGGGAAGAUCAAAGACAAUAUUUAUAAUCCAAAGAUUGUUAAGGAUGGUCCGAAUGAUUACAGUUAUUGCGGCUGUAAAUGUUCCCAUCUACGUGAUGUUGCUCUACAAGGAUUGGAUUGACAAAUAAAGAUGAAAUAAAUACUCACUCUGUUUUUGCUCAAGGUGGCUCCUAAUUUCCUGUUAGAGGUAUUGUUCAAACUGUAUAUCCCUAUUAGAAAGUUCAAGUAGGCAAUCUUCCAUCAACAUGAUAUAUUUCAUUCACUGUACGAGGCUUUUUGUAUUUUUA